UUUUUAUUUCGCAUUGCUUAAUCGAAAUCAAUAAAUAAAUUCAAUAUGAAAUUUGCAAUUUCUAUGCUAAUCGUAGUGUCUGUCUAUCUGACGACAGUAGCAGCGGCUCCACAGCUUAGGCAGAGGAGCGAAAAGCAAGUUCAACGCGAAGAUGAUUUGCCGACAAAGGGCGCCACAAUAGAGGAAGUGAUUGUCGAGACUCCACUGUACAUUAAGCCGAAGGCACGUCAACAGGUGCGAAGGGUGCGCGCUGCGCCGGACAAUGUACUAGCGGAGAUUUAUGCCACACAUAAGCGCGUCAAGAGACAGCGUUUUGGAGGAUUUGGAUCAGGCGGUGGUGGUUUCGGCAACACUCAAGUUGGCUCCUCGGCCGGUGUCGGCGGUACACAGGCAGGUGUUAAUGUCGGAGCCGGACAAAAGGGUGGCAAUGCCGGUGCCCAAGUUCAGCUUGGCCCACAACGUCCGCUGGGUCCGAAUGGCUACAGUCAGGAGCAGGCAGCAGCAAAUGGUGGUGCCAGCAGCCAUCACAACAAUCGCCUUGGUUCUGGCUCCUCGGCCGCAAAUGCGCAGGCGCAAGGCUUCCAAUCGCAGGGUGCCAACAACUCCUUUGGUGCCUCCUCUACCAGCACGGCGACGCAAGCGCAAAACAUAAAUCCCUUUGGCUUUGGCAGCAACUCAGCAGGUGCCUCACAGAGCCUGCUAUUUAACCUGCCCAAUGGCCAAACAGUUAACUUUGCCUCAACGAAUAAUUUUGCCAAUAACGGUUUGGGCAACAAUGCCAACAGCCGCGGCUCAUCGGUGUCUGUGAGUGGUUAAAUCAUUUAAGUAAUUUGCAUAUAUAAUGACACAAUUAAGUUUUUUAAUGGAAAA